UUUGGUGGCGCCCAACAGAAUAUUCUCAAUUUCAAUAAUCUGCAGAAUACCAAAGAUCUCUAUUCGGGGGAAAUAAUAACACUUCGAUUCGUCCCGAAGUCACUGUUGAGACUGUGUUUGGACGCAUCGGUUCUCAAUUCGCAGUCAUUGCAAAAGCAAUGGAAAUAUUUGCCAAAACAUAUCAAAAGGCUUUUGGAUCUGAGAAAGCAAACACUUUUGACAAACUCAGCCGGAUCUUAAUUACUCUCAAACUAAAUUUUCUACUGAUUUACUUUUGUUUAUUAUUUGCUAAACAAUAUAAAGUAAUUGUCAGAACUGUCCGAUGUAUUGGAAUUAAAAAGGAAGUAGGUC